AUGAUACAAUCUGUCUCUGGUCAUUCUUUAUUGAGGGUCGAGUCUCACGUUCACACCCGCAGAACAAAACAGAAACUGGGAAGCGGAAAGGGGCCGAAGCAGUGGGGAGAGAUGAAGAAGGAAUGGGCCGCGUGUAAAAAUGGAGUCAUGCAAUCUCCUAUUGAUUUAUCAAGUCAGAGAGUCAAGCUAAUCCCAAACUUGGGCAAACUCAACACCACUUACAAGCCUUGUAAUGCCACUGUCAAGAAUAGAGGCCAUGAUAUUUCGAUGGAGUGGAUGGGCAACGCUGGAUCAAUUCAGAUAAAUGGGACUGAGUAUUUGCUGAAACAAUGUCACUGGCACUCACCUUCAGAGCAUUCCAUAAACGGCAGGAGGAAUGCCAUGGAGCUCCACAUGGUUCAUCUCAGUCUCGAAACCAACGUCACAAACAAGAUCGCUGUAGUUGGUGUGCUCUACAAGAUCGGUCGUGCCAAUUCUUUCCUCUCUAAGUUGACGAGGGAUGUAAAAUCCACGACUGAUCAAAAGGAUAAGAGAAACAUGGGGAUGAUUGAUCCUAGAAAGACUAAAAUUGGUGGGAAAAACUAUUACAGAUACAUGGGCUCACUCACCGUUCCUCCUUGCACUGAAGGCGUUAUUUGGAUCAUCAAUAAAAAGAUAAGAACAGUCUCAAGGGAUCAAGUAAAGCUAUUUCGAUUCGCUGUGCAUGAUUAUGCAGAGAUGAAUGCAAGGCCAGUACAACCACUUAACCUUCGAGAGAUCCAGGUCUAUGACCGAAACGCAAGGAGCACAAAUAACUAG